AUGUUUUCUCUCUUUCGUAUGGAAGACGUUAUAAGCAUUGAAGCCCAUUUUAAUAACGAUGAGAUAAAAAAUAUUAUUGAAUUUUUAUUAAGAACAAAAUAUGUAGAUAAGGUUGUGCAAAAUGCUGGAUUGUGUGUUGGGCUAUAUGAUAUAUUGGAAAUAAAAAAUAAAGAAAUAUUAAAAGGGUGUGGAACAAUUAGACUAAAUGUUAUUUUUCGUUUAGUUUUUUUUCACCCAUAUGAAAAUGAAAUUAUAGAAGGCUAUGUAAAAUCUUCAGACCACAAGGGUAUUAUAGUUAGUUUGGGUUUUUUCGAAAAUAUAAGAGUUAAUAGAGCAUAUUUAAAGGAACCGAAGGCAUUUGAUGAUGAGAAAAAUGAAUGGUAUUGGACAUACGAGGGUAUUAAAUGUUUUUAUACAAAAAAUGAGCCAAUAAGAAUAAGAAUUUUAGAAACAUAUUUUAGUGACCCCAACGAGGUUAAUGAGGAUGAAUCAGUACCGUCCAUGUCAAUAACAGGGAGUGUGCAGCAAGAUGGGUUAGGGCUUGUAAAAUGGUGGAACUAG